AUGCUGCAAGGAAAGCCCUUAUCUUUGCUUCCUCUACAGACACUUAUAUACUAUGACAUCCUUUACUCUCAUCUAUACUUUAUUGUCACAGCAGUUUUAUAUAUAUACAAAAGCACGAUCCUAACUUAUCCUCCAAAUACCAUCUCACUUGAAUGUGCCGGGCUUGCAUUUUUUAUUUUCCUUCAAUAUUUUCGUUUAUUUAUCGGUAAUUAUAAUUCAGGCAUAGUUGGAAAUAAAGCAGAAGGGCCAGGGGUCAUGAUUCAUUUCUUAGUUUUAACAAUCCCUUCUAUAUUUGGAGGAGUGUUUUUCAUUGCUUUGCAGCUUUAUGUGUAAUUAGUAUCCAGACUAAUAGCAGACCGGGUCAUGAAUAUUAUUUUCUUGAUUAUCUCAAGUAUAGAGUUUAUACUUGGGAUUGUUGUUGUGAUUAGAUUCAAGAAGGCUGAAAGCACAAGAUAA